AUGGCUCCAGUAACCCUUCACCUCCGUACGGAGGACAAGAUUCUUGAACAUCGAUCUGCCCUCACACCCCAAACCACCCGCCUCCUUGUAGACGCAGGCUACAUUGUCAAUAUUGAGCGCUCUCCCACUUCUGCUCUGCGGAAGCGGAUCUUCCCAGAUGCAGAGUUUGAAAAGGCUGGUGCUACAUUAGUGCCGGAAGGUUCCUGGGUCGAUGCACCUCUUGACCAUAUUAUCCUGGGUCUCAAGGAGCUGGAUGAGACGAAAGAUUUCCCUCUUAGACAUGCUCACGUCACGUUUGCCCAUUGCUACAAGGGUCAAGGAGGGUGGGAGAAGGCAUUGGGAAGAUGGAGCCGUGGAAAUGGAGUGCUGUAUGAUUUAGAGUUUUUACAGGAUGAUAUUGGGAGACGAAUUGCUGCAUUUGGAUACCAUGCUGGCUUUGCUGGUGCUGCUCUUGCUCUGAAGACUUGGGCUUGGCAGCUUCAGCAUCCCGAUACACCGCUUCCAAGUGUAGAUCAUUUUACCGAUGGCCGGGGAUACUAUCUGAACGAGAAAGAAAUGGUCGAUCAGAUUAGGGAGGAUGUUAUUCGUGGAGAGAAGAUAGCCGGCCACAAACCUCGGGUUCUUGUUAUCGGAGCUUUGGGCCGCUGCGGAAGGGGUGCGGUUGAUGCUUGUGUUAAAGCAGGAUGCGAAGAUGUCCUCCGCUGGGAUAUGGCGGAAACUGCCAAGGGAGGGCCAUUCCAGGAAAUUGUGGAGUCCGAUAUCUUUGUGAACUGUAUCUAUUUGAAUGAGAAGAUCCCCCCUUUUGUUGAUAUGGAGAGCCUAAAGAGCCCCAACAGAAAGCUCUCUGUUGUUUGCGACGUGAGCUGUGAUACAACAAACCCCAAUAACCCUAUCACCUUCGACAAACCAACCGUCCCACUCCCUCUCUCCAACCCACCCCUCAGUGUAAUCUCAAUCGACCACCUCCCCAGUCUUCUCCCCGCAGAGUCCUCGGAUGCCUUCUCCACUGACCUCCUCCCUUGUAUGAUGGAGAUCAAGAACCGCGCAUCUCACCCUGUCUGGCAGAGGGCGGAGAAACUCUUCAGAGAGAAAGUCAAGACUUUACCUGAGGCGUUACAGAAGGCUGAGUAG